UCUUUCUUUCAUUUUUCUUCUCUCCUCGUUCUCUUCCUUUUAAUCCUUAUUUGUCGUAUACAUUUUUCUUCUUCUUGGGUUGUUGGAUAAUAAAAAAAGUCAUAGCAAGUGUCCAUGGAGAACUAUCGGGAUUACAGCAGUAUCGUCCAUUCUCCGCCGUUCACUUUCCUUGUCGGCGCCAAUCACACCAAAUUAACCGUUCAAUCGGGUCUUGCCCGUCAUGUCUCCCAGCCGUUGGAUCACUUGAUGAACAGCGGGGAAACCCGCGAAUCCAAGCAUCAUAUCGCCGUCUUGGAGGAGGAGGAUGUUGAGACCUUCGUCGCCUUCUGCGAGUAUGCAUACACCGGCGACUACAGCGUGCCGGGUGCGGAUAAUCGGGAAGAAUAUCAAGAGCAGGUGGUGAACAACCCAUUCAAGGGCGUGUUCUCUGGAGAACCGGUCACCGCGCAGCCCGACCCCAAAGCUAGCGAUGAUGCUGGCAAGGAGCAAAACAAGCCCAAUGAGGGAGUCCAGCAAUAUUUGGAGGAACAGGCGCCACCGACCCCUGAGCCGGAGUAUCCCUCGGAGGAGCACAUUGCGCCGCCAGAGGAGCCCGAGUCUGUCCCAGAACAACCCGUUGAGCAGCCUCCUGCUACUCCGGCCGCCGAAGAAGGUGACCCCGUGGACGCUAAUGAAGGCACAACGAACAAAGGCAAGAAGGGGAAGAAGAACAAGAAGGACAAGAAAAAGAAGGGUGGUCCUGCCGUAGAAGAGACCACGACCAAUUUGACUCCUCCCUCUACGCCUCCACCUCAGAAACCGGAACGAAUCGAGAAUCCUCCUGCUGAGGAAACCACUCAUCCAGCCGAUGAAAAUCAGCCGCAAGAAAUGGCAGAAGCUCCCGUUGCUGAAAGGGCCACGCAGCCUGCCGAGCCUGUCGAGCCUGUCGCCACAGAGGUUGAAACAUGGGAGCAAUCUGCUCCCGCUCCGCAGGAACCCGGAACGGUCGAGCCUGAAAAGACAGACAUGAACGGAGAGACUAGAGAGGAAGAGAGAGUCACCGAGGAGCAGAUGCCAUCCUACUUCCGGAAAAACUCCUUUAUCGACAUGUCCUUCGCUCGGCAGCGUUUCAACUUCCAGCACGAGUCGGGUACUAGCCUGUGGGAUGAGUUUGCUGCCAUGGACUAUGAUGACCCUCGACAGACCCACGGAAACAGGCCGCCAAGCUCACUGUCGUACUCCGCGUCGACCAAGGGAGAGCUUCCGUACCUUGUUUUCCACGCCAAGCUCUAUGCUUUCGCCACGCGCUUCUUGGUUCCUGCCCUGGCUCAGCUAUGUCUCCGGAAGCUCCAUAGGGAUCUCCUUAACCUAGGAUUCCCCGAGCAUCCAAUGGACAGUCAGGAUGAGGAGAUGUAUGCCUUGUCGACCACUAAAGCGAGAAUGAUCCUGGACCUUCUCGACUAUACCUACAACAAGACCGCCCGUCUCGAGCCGAUUUCCGCCACAUCAGCCACUCAGCUUCGCGACAACGAGCUUCGGAGAUUGGUUGUACAUUAUGCAGCUUGCAAGAUACGGGAUCUCGCGGACUUCUGUCCUCCCGUGGAGAAUACGGCAGGCAUGCCCUACCCACAUAAGCGCUCGGCCAAGGGCUUGCGUCCCCUCUUGGACACCACCACCGAACUCGCCUCGGAUCUGGUGUACCGCAUGAUGAUGUGAAAUGAUUGAUAUGACUUGAGCUUCUGUUUCUGUUUCUGUUUCUUGUUUAUUGAAGCUCCCUUAUCCGUUUCUUUUGUUUUA